AUGUCCACGACUGCAACGCUGUACACUGUUUGGGCGGCAGGUUUUUACUGUUGGAGACAGCCAGACCAUCCAUCGAUAAAAGUCGCCUCUACUACACCUCUUCAGACUAAAGGUGUCAUUAAAAAAGAAGAAGGAGAAAAUAAAGAUGCAAAAUUGAAGACGAAAACUAAACCAAAGAAGAGUGAAGAGAAACCGAGAGAUGUCGAAAUGCAGGAGGCACCAGAACCAAAAAAGCCGAGUGAAGGUUUUGAGAAAGAUUCAAGGCUUUCUGCACAGAAAAAUAUGGGAGAGGGUGACGAGUGA